AUGAUUGGAGACCUUCCACCGCUGUGCGAGCAGAUCCAUCGACAUCUCGAUGCAUCACCUCAUAACAAUACAUGCAAUGAACCAGAUGGAAAUGGUGCUCGGACCAAAUUUUCGGUGUCCGCUUAUACACUUCGAUAUCCGUCGGCAGGACCUCUUUGUACUCGGCAUCAGCGUAUAAUCGUAACGGACCGUGCUCGUUGACUUUCUGCCAGUACCUCUCGUGGAUUUCCGGGAAGAAGCACUCCGGGCGUUGCCAGGAGAAGUUUAUGACGUCAAACUUGCAGCCUAGGGCGAUGGCUUCAUCGGGGGUAGUGCCGCAGGGAUUGGUGAGGGUGCGGAUAGGGGCGAAACGGUAGUAAAGGUUGCCAAAGGCUAUGCCGAGGAUGAAAAAGCAUAGAAAGGCUAGUACGAUCAUUCGAGUUGAAAAGAUCUUGGAUAGUUGAUUGCGCAUUUGAGAGAGGGCGGUUUGGGGGGUGUUGGAGUAUGGUGGGGGUUUUUCGUGGAAGGCGUUGUAGGCGUGAUCGUCGGGGAGCAGUGUUUGCUCAUCGUCAUUCUCAGACUGAGUAGGUGGCGCCAUAUUUGAUUCGACCGGAUGUGUAUCGAGAUUUUUGUUUCGUGAAGGUGGAAUACGCAAAUGUGGAUAUGAAUCAUGGGUGGGACUGGGUGAUGGAUUCAGUCGCGCAAUCCUUGGUCGCGCGUGGAGUGCACUUCC